UCAAAAAUCUAACCUGGUUUUAAGUUGUCACUUUCAAAAAAUGACGCAACGUUAUAUCGUGUUUUAAAAUAAAAUUCGGCCCACCGCAAGAACGAUGGGCGAACUAUGGGAGAGGAGAUAAAUAGAAAAGCGAAAAAAAUUCUGGUUAGGAGAAUUGUAGGCCCGUCUUCCUCAACUGACAUCGAUGAGAGCGCCGAUGAUGUCGAUUUCCAUGAGUUUGCGUCUGGAUCCACAUUUACCCGAUCGAUUUCAGAUCAUCCACCCUUGAGCGAGGAAGAAAUACAGAUAAUCGAACUGGACUCAGACAGUCAACGCAGUACUAGCCCUUUACUGUUGAUGUUUCCCGAGCUGAAACAAGAAGGCUUAAACACCGACAGUUUGACAGAGUCCAUGUCCACAUCGGACCUGACCAAACUUUUGGUGGGGAAGAAAGCUGUGUUUCCACUGUUGAAAGGCUGUAAAAAGUUGAAACGUGCUCCUAGGUGCUCCUUAUUACCGAUAGCCGAAUUGGCAGAAACCCAGUCAUUGGUCGCAAAGUGGAGAUGCCGCAGAGCAACGUUAAUCUCCGAAUUUGCCGAUGUUAGCUACAGUAUUCCGGAUGAGAGGAGCUCUAUAAAAUGCAACACGGAUACGUCAGAGGGCAAGAGAACACCUGGAAGGGCUGCUGCAUGCACCAAUAUAGCUGCGGCAAAUGACAACAUUGAAGCUGUUAAUGAUAACAUUGCAUCUGCAAACGCCAACGUAACUGCAGCUGUAAACAACAGCAUUGCUACUGCCCACGGUAAUAUUACCGCUGUAAACGAUAAAACGGCUGCUGUGAAUAACAUCACCGCUACAGACAACAACAUUGUUGCUGCAAACGGAAACAUCGCCUGUACAAACGGCAAUAUGGCACCUGUAAACAACAUUGCCGGUACAAACGGCAACAUUGUCGCUGCAAACGAAAACAAGACCAGGGAAAACAGCAACAUGGCAGCUGUAAACAACAUUGCCGGUGCAAAUGACAACAUGGCAACUGUAAAUCACAACGUUGCCGGAGCAAACGGCAACAUUGUCGCUGCAAACGGAAACAAGACCGGGGAAAACGACAACAUAGCAGCUGUAAACAACAUUGCCGGUGCAAAUGGCAACAUGGCAACCGUAAACCACGACGUUGCCGCUGCAAAUGACAAGAUUUCGAUUGUAAAUGGCAACAUCGCCGCUGGAAACGGUAGCAUUGGCGGUUCAAGCGUCAUAAACGACAAUACCAAUAACGAUAAUAAAUAAAACACGAUAUAUAGUA